GGAUGGGCAUGUAUUUCAGCCCCUUCGAAGACGUAAUGAACCUGCGCAAAACAAACAAGAUUGGCCAAGUUUUGAGUGGGAUGUUAUAUACCUCCCUACAGACUUACACCCUCACGAUAACCCGAGUCUAACAUCCUUCACCACCACUCACCACCCCCAGCAUGUCGAUCAACUUUCCGCCGGGCAUCAUCCCGCCGUACACCAAAGUCUUCGGGCCCGGCGCGAACUGCACGCUCGAAACAUGUCCCAUCGAGCUGAGCGUGUACCGGUACCGGCCCAGCCUCGCGGCCAACAUCACCUUCCUCUGCCUGUACUGCCUCUCGGCGUCCAUCCACCUAUACCUCGGGAUACGGUGGAAGACGUGGUUCUUCAUGGGGUGCAUGCUGCUCGGUGCGGUGAAUGCGGUCUUGGGGUAUGCGGCGCGGAUCGCGAUGUACUAUAACCCGUUUAAUUUUGUGGCGUUUAUGAUACAGAUUGUUUGCGUAACGAGCGGUCCGGUUUACUACUCCGCUGCUAUUUACGUAACGCUUGCUGCGACCAUAAAAAACAUCUCCCCCACCCUCUCCCGCUUCCCCCCCAACCUCUUCUACUGGAUCUUCAUCCCCAGCGACAUCAUCUGCCUGAUCUUCCAAGCCGCGGGCGGCGCCCUCUCCACCGCCUCAUCCGGCACAAGCCAAAUCGGCGUCGACAUGGCCCUCGUCGGCCUCAGCCUGCAGGUCGCCGCCAUGCUCAUCUUCUGCGCCUUCUUCGCCGACUAUCUCGCGCGGUACUUCCGGUCCAGAGCGCGACGACCAGGUUCUAGUCUGACGUUUCGGACGAGGCUGAGGCUGUUUUUUGGUUUCAUGGCGCUGGCGAUUGUGCUGAUUUUGGCGAGGUGUGCGUAUAGGCUGGUGGAGCUCAGAGAGGGGUAUAGCGGGACGCUGAUUUCGGACGAGCCGCUGUUUAUUGGGCUGGAGGGCGUUCUGGUCAUUUCUGCCGUUUUCUUCCUUAUGAUCGGUCAUCCGGGGCUUGUUUUUAGGAAUCAUCAGACCCGGUUGGAUCAAUUUGGACUUGUUGAUGUUCAACCUAAAUGACUUGCUUAAGACCAACAUGAACCAGAAUAAUGCUGAAAGGAAUAGGACGUCCAGUGACAACUUUUGAUAAUUACAAAUUGGCCUGUCAUCAGCACCGUUUAUAAGAAGCUACAGAUAAUACAAAGAGCUGAGAUUUAUAAUG